CUCUGCGUCAGCCCCGGGGAGCCACCCACCGCCUUUCCCCACGACCCGAGAGGCCGCCCUGGACGCCGUGGAGCCGCCAGGAUGGCCGGCAGCGGCCAAGGGGAGGGUCUGAUGACGGUCACCUUUGAGGACGUGGUCGUAUAUUUCUCGCCGGACGAGUGGCAGUUGCUAACCGAGGACCAGAAACAGCUCUACUGGGAGGUACUGAAGGAAAACUACGACGCUCUCUUGCGGGUCGGGAGAGGCCCGAUCACUCAGGAAGAAGUCUUGGCCUGGGUUCAAAAUAACGAACGUCCGAACAUCCUCCUAUCGCCGAGACCCGUAGAAGAUUCCCCUGUUGAGAUCCUUUCUAAAGGAGAUGAAGUUCGAUCCCAAAUGGACGCGGAAAGCUUUCCGGAGAAAAAUUUCUUCUCUAAAGAAGAGGCGCCCGGCUGUAGCGAUGCCGAGGGACAUCCUGGCGUUUCGGCAAGCGAACAGGGUGGACCCCUGUGGACAGAAUCGACAGAGCGGCCUUCAGCGGACGCGAGCACAGAGGACGUCCCACUGCUGUGCGGCGGGUGGGUCGAGCCCGUUGUGGCACUCGAAACGUCCAUUGAGCUGCCAUCUUGUCCCCGCAAGAGGACAAUCCUGCCCCAGUGCGAUUUUGCCGUGCGUUCGGAACACCCCGUCAAGGAAAUGCAGUUGGCGCGCAUCACUUGUGACGAGAAUUGUGUGGACCCCAGGAGUUGGUUUUGUCCUCCAGGAGAUGUAGUUCGAUCCCACAUGGACGCGGAAAGCUUUCCGGUGGUUGCGGGCCCUCUUGAGAGCAUCUUUACUUUCUCUAAAGAAGUGCCCCCCUGCUGUAGCGAUGUCAAGGGACGACAUCCUGAACAGUCUUGCGUUUCGGCAAGCGAACAGGGUGGACCCCUGUGGACAGAAUCGGCAGAGCGGCCUUCAGCGGACGCGAGCACAGAGGACGUCCCACUGCUGUGCGGUGGGUGCGUCGAACCCGUUGUGGUGCCCGAAAAGUCCACCGAGCUGCCGUCUUCUCCCCGCAGGACGACAAACCUGCCCCAGCGCGUUUUUGGCGUGCGUGCGGAACACCUCGUCAAGGAAAUGCAGUUGGCGCGCAUCACUUGUGACGAGAAUUGCGUGGACCCCAGGAGUUGGUUUUGUCCUCCAGGAGAUGAAGAUCGAUCCCAAAUGGACGCGGAAAACUUUCCGGAGAAAGCGGGCCCUCUUGAGAGCAUCUUUACUUUCUCUAAAGAAGUGCCCCCCUGCUGUAGCGAUGUCAAGGGACGACAUCCUGAACAGUCUUGCAUUUCGGCAAGCGAACAGGGUGGAUCCCUGUGGACAGAAUCGACAGAGCGGCCUUCAGCGGACGCGAGCACAGAGGACGUCCCACUGCCGUGCGGCGGGUGCGUCGAACCCGUUGUGGCGCCCGAAAAGUCCACCGAGCUGCCGUCUUCUGCCCACAAGAUGACAAACCUGCCCCGGCGUGAUUUUGGCGUGCGUGCGGAACACCCCGUCAAGGAAAUGCAGUUGGCGCGCACCACUUGUGACGAGAAUUGUGCGGACUCCCGCCGGCGGAGCGCAGGGAAGAUGCAGGAUACUCUGUCGUCUUCCCCGGAAGCCCCCAGCGAGGAGGAGAAGCUCUAUUCUUGUCCUUGGUGCAAAGAACCCUUCAAACUGCGGAUGAAUUUGGAAGUGCAUUAUAGGUACUGUCGCCAGAGGGGAAAACAGCAGCCCCAGAAGACUCCCGGUGGGCAGGAGGCAAGCAAGUCGAGCCGCAUCGGGAAGUCGACGGGUUCGGUCCGUCUCUCGGAAAAACCGGUCCGCUGCUCGUCUUCCGUGGAAGGCAAGGAGGUCUUCCUGAAUUCCAGACAGAGAGUGGGGAAAAGCAACGGGGUUUCUGACGCCGGCAGGGGUAGCGCCGAGAGUCCGCACAGCUUGAGGAUGACCUCCGCCACAAAGAGGAUGUACCGGUGUCCGGAAUGCGGGGAACAAUUUGGGUACAAGUGGCAGCUCUCGACUCAUUGGCAAGGUUGUGGGAAAGUUGCGGAGAACCAAAAAGGCCUGCUCCCAAAGCCGCGGGACCUUGCCGCAAAGAAGCUCCCCGACAGCGCCAAAGGACGACAGGCGUGCGUCGCGGCGGUCGGGCGUCGGAGAAGUAAAGACACGACGUUGUAUCCCUGCGGCGAGUGCGGCAAGAGCUUAAGCAAGUGCUACCUAUCCACGCACCUGGCGUUCCACGCGGGGCAAAGGUACAAGUGCCUCUUGUGCGGGAUGGUCUUCAACUUCCGGAGCGGGGCAGUCAGGCACAAAAGGCAGCACUCCGAGAAAAAGGAAGGUGGCACCUGUCCGAAGUGCGGGAGGCGCGCCGGCGCCAAAGAUUGUUUCUGCCUGAUCCAAAGAAUCCGCGUCGCUCCCGACUCGGAGGGCGAGGAACGCGCCGGGUUGGGGAAGCCCAAGUAGCCGUUUGCGAAAGACGGGAAUUCGGUCCUUUCUCGCAAGUUGUUUCUACGCGGGAUUGGAAAGCGGGCGUCACGAGCGAGCAAUAUCGGCGGUGCGUUCAAGCGAUGCGGCAACUGGUUUUCGAAGCCAACGCUGGCCUGAGGGGGCUUUGGCGCUUGGCUCGGCUGGCUGCACACCAAGAGGACCACGUAUAAGAUGCCCGUUCCAGAUGUUGCGAAAAAUGCCUGUUUCGACGCACCGGGAACUACAUGUGAAUUGUGUAGACAGCCAUGUGGCAACUGGUUUUCGAAGCCAAUGCUGGCCUGAGGGGGCUUUGGCGCUUGGCUCGGCUGGCUGCACACCAAGAGGACCAUGUAUAAGAUGCCCGUUCCAGAUGUUGCGAAAAAUGCCUGUUUCGACGCACCGGGAACUACAUGUGAAUUGUGUAGACAGCCAUGUGGCAACUGGUUUUCGAAGCCAAUGCUGGCCUGAGGGGGCUUUGGCGCUUGGCUCGGCUGGCUGCACACCAAGAGGACCAGGUAUAAGAUGCCCGUUCCAGAUGUUGCGAAAAAUGCCUGUUUCGACGCACCGGGAACUACAUGUGAAUUGUGUAGACAAGGAAGACACUCCUAUUUUGUGUAGGGUAAAUGGGGCUGUCUUUUAUUUGUCUCUCACUCGCACUCCAGACCCCAGGCAGCUUGAUCUGUGAUGCCCGUGCGCACCGGCUUGAGGAUGGAUAACGCCUCUAAUGUCACCAGCAAUUUUACUUCGUGCCUUAGCUGGAUUUUUUUAAAAAAUUGUGCGAGAAAUCGGGUCAGGACCCAACGCACGAUGAUGGACAGAUCUGUUGCAUGAGUGUUCUCAGAUAGCGUUCCUCCACCUGGGCAGCUGGACGAUCGGUGGACUUCAACUCCCAGAAUUCCCCCAGCCAGCUAUGAAUUCUGGGAGUUGUAGUUUUACCCGUCUUCCAGCUACCCGGGUUGACAAACGUUGCUGUACGAAAACCAAAACGGGAGACGGCUGUCUUAGGAGGACCAGGGAUGGAUGGGACUUGAGUCCUGUCCUCAUGGACAUCUUGACUUUUUUGACCUCACCCCACCCGAAUCCUCUUCCUGUCCCCUCCCCAAAGUGUAAUUUAAGGUCCUCGCCAUUUUGUGGCUAACUUUGACCCAGUCCUGUACCACAAUUGGUGAAAACAUUGUGAAAAAUGAAUAUAUAUAUUUAUAUAUAUUUUAAACCAAGUAAUGUUCUUUAUCUUGGCUGAAUUGCAAGCUAAGACAGGAAUGUUUUGUCAUGCUUGUGGAUGAAUUUGAAAUAUCAAUUAAUUGUCAAUAAAAGCAGUGACGGGGGUCCUUUCUGCGUGCUAAUG